AUGGAGGCGCGCGCGGCGGGCGGCGAGAUGGCGGCGGCGCUGCGGGCCGCCAAGCGGGCGCUGCGAGCGGAGCUGCGGCAGCGGCUGCGGGCGCUGGGCGAGGCGGAGAAGCGGCGCCAGUCCCGCCUGCUCACGCGCGAGGUGAUUGGCCAUCCGAAGUACCAGGAAUCCAAAAGAAUUGCUAUCUUUUUGAGCAUGCCAGAUGAAAUCCAGACAGAAGGCAUCAUUAAGGACAUUUUUAAGCAAGGCAAAGAGUGUUUUAUCCCACGUUACAAGCCUCACAGCAAUCACAUGGAUAUGCUAAAGUUAUCAUCAGCUGAAGACAUUUCUUCACUUCCUUUGACAUCCUGGAAUAUUCAUCAGCCUAGUGAUGAUGACAAUGUGAGAGAGGAAGCUCUUUCUGGUGGGGGUCUUGACCUUAUCUUCAUGCCUGGCCUUGGGUUUGACAAAAAAGGCAACAGAUUGGGAAGAGGGAAAGGAUAUUACGAUACAUAUCUUGAAAGGUGUAUGAAACAUCCCAGUGGAAAACCUUACACAAUUGCCUUGGCUUUUAGAGAACAAAUUUGUGAAUCGGUGCCUGUAGCUGAAAAUGACAUCCAAAUAGAUGAAAUCCUGUAUGAAGACUGCUGAAGGUAUCUUCGUAUCAACCCUCCUGCAGAGUGACCAACUGAAGACUUCAGAUCUGUUAAUCUCAACUUUUUAAUAGUCAUAUAUGACUUUGGGAGCAAUAAAAUAAUUAUUUUGAUUUGAACAACAGGAAGAUCUAACUGUGAUCAUGGUAAUGAGAGCUACGUGAAUUUGCUUCUAAUUGGAAAAUAUCUGCUGUGAAUUCUUGUUCUACAAUCAGUAGAAAAAGGCGUGUGCACAGCAAACUGAGUACUGUCCUCAGAACUUAGUUAUAUAUAUCCAUCAACCAAACAAAAAAACACCAGAUAAACCUUAUACUAAGCUAGGCAAAAAAAUUAUGAUUGGGAGAAAGACUUAAUUUGAUUUUAGUGUCUUCAAUGAUUUUGAUUAUGUACUUGGCUUCUUAAAGCUGCCUAAUAAUAAAAGGAGUAUCUGUUAAAAACAACAA